UACUAGGUAUGUCCGAGAGAAAACCCGGACUAAUGUUGACAUGAGGGUUGGAGUGCACAGUGGAACAGUACUUGGUGGAGUCCUGGGACAGAAGCGUUGGCAGUAUGAUGUUUGGUCAACAGAUGUCACAGUAGCCAACAAAAUGGAAGCUGGAGGCAUUCCUGGUCGUGUUCACAUCUCACGGAGUACUAUGGAGUGUCUUCAUGGAGAGUUCGAUGUGGAGCCAGGAAAUGGAGGUGAUCGCUGUGACUACUUGAGGGAGAGAGGUAUUGAGACCUACCUUGUGGCUAUUCCUAAAGGUCCUCUAAAGAAACAUGGAAUCAGUCCUGUGAAGCUCUCCGUUACCUCUCCCAAUGGAAAUUCCCCACCAUUAAUCAACACAACAGACUGUAAUGGAAGUGUGGAGGGUACCAGAAACACACCUGAGGAACCAGAAGAGUUGGACACAAGGGUAGUAAAUCCAUCCUUCCCUAAUCCACGGCGAAGGCUUCGGCUGCGGGACCUGGCUGAAAAGGUGAUUGAUGCUCAGGAGAAUGAGCAAGAACUCAACAAACUGCUUAACGAGGCACUAUUGGAGAGAGAGACUGUUCAAGCUCUGAAGGGAAAACGCACAAACAAGCUCUCCUUGAGGUUUCUAGAUCCUGAUCUAGAGGUUCGUUUCUCUGUUGAGAAGGAGAAGCAGAGUGGUGCCGCCUUCUGUUGCUCCUGUGUAGUUCUUCUCUUUACUACAGUGAUGGAGGCCCUCAUAGAGCCCAAGCUGUUUAUAAACUACAUCACCUUCGCAGUGGGAGAGAUUUUGCUGCUUAUCCUGACAAGCUGCUCUCUUGCUGCUAUCCUUCCUGGAGUGUUUCCCAAAAGGUUGGUGUCUUUCUCAACCUGGAUUGAUCACACACGUUGGGCUCGAAAUACCUGGGCUAUGGCAGCUAUUUUCAUCUUGACCGUUGCCAACCUUCUAGAUAUGUCUAGCCUUGGAGGGUGCCUGAACAAUCCUAAAUAUUACAGCUUUGUUGCCGUGCUUGCACUUAUAGCCACAACCAUGCUCGUUCAGGUCAGUCACAUGGUCAAACUUACACUGAUGAUUCUCAUAACUGCAACGACUGGCAUCGUUAACAUCUACAGUUGGAAAGACAUCUUUGACCGCUAUGACACAGUCCGCUUCCAAGAAUACAGCUCUGACAUGGUUCCCUCCAAGUUCACAAUGACAGUUAUGAUAUUCGUUAUGAUGAUCAGCUUCUAUUACUUCUCCAGACAUAUGUAA